GGGGCCGCUGCGGGCAGGGCGGACAAAAGGCGCCGGAGCGGCGUAAGGGAAGGCGGGGGCUGUGGGCAGGUGGGUGCGGUGCGAGUCCCUCACAGCCGGUGCGGGCAGGGAAGCUGUUCCCAUGGCUUGUGGGGAGUGCAGCGCUUCAGCACUCGCUCGGGAUCCAGCACACAGGAACAUCAUCCCCUUCCAGCACAGAGAACUGACCUGCAGAUAGCAGAACCCAGCAAGGUGAACCAUGAUUCCAGUCACCGAGCUGCGCUACUUCGCCGACACUCAGCCGGCCUAUCGCAUCCUGAAGCCGUGGUGGGACGUGUUCACGGACUACAUCUCCAUAGUGAUGCUCAUGAUCGCGGUGUUCGGGGGCACGCUGCAGGUCACCCAGGACAAAAUGAUCUGUUUGCCCUGUAAGUGGGUUACCAAAGACUCCUGCAAUGACUCUGUGAGGGGAUGGACAGCGGCAACCCCGGAGCGUAGCUACUAUAACACUAGUCUAGUUCCCUCUGCGGACACGGGGCCCACGGGGAUCCGGUACGACCUGGACCGGCACCAGUACAACUACGUGGACGCGGUGUGUUAUGAGAACCGCCUCCACUGGUUUGCCAAGUAUUUUCCUUAUCUAGUGCUGCUACACACCCUCAUCUUUCUGGCUUGUAGCAACUUCUGGUUCAAGUUCCCAAGGACCAGCUCCAAGCUGGAGCAUUUUGUGUCUAUUUUGCUUAAGUGUUUUGACUCUCCGUGGACAACGAGAGCAUUAUCUGAGACAGUGGUGGAAGAGAGCGAUACCAAACCAGCGUUUGGGAAAAUGAAUGGCUCCAUGGACAAGAAAUCCUCCACGGUCAGUGAGGAUGUGGAAGCCACUGUUCCCAUGCUGCAGAGAACCAAGUCUCGAAUUGAGCAAGGGAUUGUGGACCGGUCUGAGACUGGGGUGUUGGACAAAAAGGAAGGGGAACAGGCCAAAGCACUCUUUGAGAAAGUGAAGAAGUUCCGCACUCACGUGGAAGAGGGAGAUAUAGUUUAUCGCCUGUACAUGAGACAGACCAUAAUCAAAGUCAUCAAGUUCAUUCUGAUCAUUUGCUACACCGUGUACUAUGUCAACAACAUCACCUUUGAUGUGGACUGUAAGGUGGACAUUGAGAGCCUGACUGGCUACAGGAUGUACCGCUGUGCUCACCCUUUGGCCACUCUCUUCAAAAUCUUGGCCUCUUUCUACAUCAGCCUGGUGAUUUUCUACGGGCUGAUCUGCAUGUACACGCUGUGGUGGAUGCUGAGGCGGUCGCUCAAGAAGUACUCCUUUGAGUCCAUCCGGGAGGAGAGCAGUUACAGUGACAUUCCUGAUGUGAAAAAUGACUUUGCUUUCAUGCUCCAUCUGAUCGAUCAGUACGACCCCCUCUACUCCAAGCGCUUUGCUGUCUUUCUGUCAGAGGUGAGUGAGAACAAACUGCGGCAGCUGAACCUCAACAAUGAGUGGACUCUGGAGAAACUACGCCAGAGGAUCACCAAAAACUCUCAGGAUAAGCUGGAAUUGCAUCUUUUCAUGUUGAGUGGCAUUCCUGACACGGUCUUUGACCUCAUUGAGUUGGAGGUCUUGAAGCUGGAGCUUAUCCCUGAUGUCACUAUUCCCCCAAGCAUUGCUCAGCUCACCAGCCUUAAGGAACUGUGGCUCUACCACACAGCUGCCAAAAUUGAGGCUCCAGCCCUUGCCUUCUUGAGGGAGAAUUUGAAAUCUCUCCACAUCAAGUUCACAGACAUCAAGGAGAUUCCUCUUUGGAUUUACAGCCUGAAGACACUCGAGGAACUUCAUCUGACAGGGAAUUUGAGUGCUGAAAACAACCGGUACAUUGUGAUAGAUGGACUGAGGGAGCUGAAGAGGCUGAAGGUGUUGAGGAUGAAGAGUAACCUCACCAAGCUACCCCAGGUGGUUACAGAUGUUGGUGUGCACCUUCAGAAGCUUUCCAUCAACAACGAGGGCACCAAGCUCAUUGUCCUCAACAGCCUUAAGAAGAUGGUCAACCUGACGGAGCUGGAGCUGAUCCGGUGUGACCUGGAACGCAUUCCCCACUCCAUCUUUAGCCUCCACAAUCUGCAGGAGAUAGACCUGAAGGACAAUAACCUAAAGACCAUUGAGGAAAUCAUCAGCUUCCAGCACUUGCAUCGUCUCACUUGCCUUAAGCUGUGGUACAACCACAUUGCCUACAUCCCCAUGCAGAUAGGCAACCUGACCAACCUGGAGCGCCUUUACCUGAACCGCAACAAGAUAGAGAAGAUCCCCACCCAGCUCUUCUAUUGCCGGAAACUCCGGUACCUGGAUCUCAGCCACAACAACCUGACUUUCAUACCACCAGAUGUUGGACUUCUUCAAAACCUGCAGAAUCUGGCUGUGACAGCCAACAGGAUUGAGAGUCUCCCUCCCGAGCUGUUCCAGUGCAGGAAGCUGAGGACCUUGCACCUGGGCAACAACGUGCUGCAGUCGCUGCCGUCCCGGGUGGGGGAGCUGACAAACCUGUCGCAGAUCGAGCUCCGAGGGAACCGCCUGGAGUGCCUGCCCGUGGAGCUGGGGGAGUGCCCGCUGCUCAAACGCAGUGGGCUCGUGGUGGAGGAGGACCUGUUCAACACCCUGCCCUUGGAGGUCAAGGAGCGGCUCUGGAGGGCAGACAAAGAGCAAGCCUGAACCCCUGGGCAAAGGGAAAAGCCUCUGACCAACGAGCAGGAAGCAAAAGGCCAUUCCAGCCCCCUUUUCCCCAGAUGCUCCCCUUUCUCCACUCCGAUCACUACCAGACUGGCCAAGGAGUCCUUGACAAAUGUGACUCAUUCAGAGUCAGCUUCUUGCCUCAGAUGCAGGAUGGGGGAAGCUUGGGAUCAGGAUGAGGAUCAAGACAGAUUAAUCAGCCUCUGAGCAAGGGCCAGUGGGAGUUAGAGGUGUUGCUGUUCUUCUGGACAGGAACUGGGGUGAGGUGGAUGGUGCUGGAAAGAAGAAAUGACCUUUGAAUGGAGGAGAAAAGGAAUGUGGGGAUUGCUGCAUUGCUCCAAAUAGGGCUUUAUAUGUACCAGGGAUGAGUGUCCAGUGUCCUGCAAGCAAAGACCAAGAGCCAGGAAACCUCUUGAACUUUCAUCUCUAUGACACUGGGUACUGUUCCCCUCUGACUCAGAUCCAGUCAGUGAGGCCCCCAGAGGGAUGGGAUGGGAUGGGACACAAGCAGGUGAUUUUACCUGGAUGCUUGGCAUUGGGAUUUGGGGGAUAAACAUCUCACAGCUGCUGGAAUGCAGGAUUUAUUUUUUUUUUUUACUAAUUAUCUUUCCCCUUUGCACUCUACACCUUUUCCUCUGCCCCUGGAGAAGGAACCAAACUAUCUGCUCCCUUAAGAUUGCACUACUUUAAAGGUUUCAAAUCACUUGUGCUGAUGAGUAGAUCACGCAGCAUCCUUCUCCAGCUGAUGUGCUGGAGGCACUAACUGACAAUUCCAAAGCUUUAGCCUGUUCUGAAAUGGAUGGUUACAGUGUAAGUGAGAGAUGAGCUGGAUAAAGAGCAAUUGGACUGUCUAAUCUACUCUCCCAGAAACAUCGAGUUGCUUCAGGAUCUGGCUUUUAGUUUUCAAGCAACUUUUUAAUUGCUGGUAUUCUGUUACAUAUCAAGUAUUAAUGUGCAACUGGCCAGUGUGUCAGGGCUCACCUGGGCUUGGAGGGGAAACUCAGGUUUCCUCUGCACCUCUUGUCCCCCAUCCUGCCUUCCCCUACAAUCAGGUUGUUAAAUUAAGUUUUUCAGUGCUCUGCUGGUGUUUUCCAUGGAUGCAGUCUCCAGAGCUGCUUGAUUGUUGUUGUCUUCCCUUAACAGCUGUCAGUUCCUGUUACACCUCUUGACCUAAAUAACAGGCUAAUGCUGGUUGAACCUGGUGCUGGAAAAGAAACCUUUCCUCCUGUUUCUUCCCCUUUUCAUUCCCUCGGUGUUAAGGAGGAGAAUGAGAAUCCUCUGUGGACUGAGCUCUUCUGGCUCCCUGGAAUAGAACAGUUUUUAUUGAAACAAGCCUGACCUGUUUGGUGUUCUUUGACAAAAAGCUCUCAACCUCCUGGCCUGGCAGAGGCAGAUAAUAUGUAAUAGCUCCUGGUAAUCGUGUCCUUAAGGUGGGUGGAUAAGGUGUGCCUCCAGUACUCCGAGAUCUGCCCUUUUCCAUCAGGAGGAACAGGAGGCUUCUGGACCUACAGGUCCUGGUUGUAACACUCUGCAACAGACCAGCAGGUUGGCUCCAAGGUGAAGUGCUGCAAGCUGAGGCAUGAGAAGUUUGGAGGCCUCCCAUGGGUACAGAGGGGGAAGCUGCAUCCAAAGUGAUUCCUGGUGAGCUGCCAGCGAGUGCCCUGGCUUAGGGAAUUGUGGUGAUCCCGUGGAUCUUGGGGCAGUCAGGCACACUGUGGCUUUCUUCAUCAGAUGUAAGAUAUGAAUUAUAUAUAUAUAUCCUAAAUAUGCUGAAACCAUGAACAAUGUUAAUGGGACUCUGGAUUUGUUGAUGUUCAGAUGCUUAAAUAAAGCUACAUUAAAAUCAGGAGAUCUGUUUUUAAGAAAAAUGCUUUUAAGAAAAAUGUAAAUUUUGCUUCCCUUAGUCCAUUCAUUAUGAGAAGUUUAAACGGUCCAGAGGAUAAUAUAAUUAAAUCUCCAUCUGGGAGGCAAGGUACUGUAAAAGCUUUUCUGGCUUCUAAUAGGGUUAGUCUUGAAAUUGUGUUAGAGUUGGGGCCACUGCUGAAAGGAUGGGGAAGGACUGAUGCUGAUUGGAUUGGAUUUUGGAUUGCAUGAGCAUUUUGGAUCACAGAAAUUGUUAGAUGGGCUUAUGCUUCUUGAGUAAAGCAGGAAUCACUUCAGGCUUAGCUGCAGUAAUGCUAUUUUCCAGUCAGUUCCCUGUGGUGGAUGUGGGAGCUGUUUGGAUGGUGAAGGAAACUGGUUUUUUCCUCCCCUUACUCUGUACCAAAAGAUAGUGGUGGAGAGUAAUGGCCACUGCCUGGAACUUGAACUCUUUGCUAUCCAAGGCCACUGGUAACUGCUUUAUUGCACAUGUAUUUUAGACUAGGCAGGGCUGGAAGGGCAGAGCACUUCACAGGAGUUUCACUGGGCUCCCAGGAGCAAAGGGAUUUCUCCUGGAUGUCUGGAUAGCAGAUGAGUGCUUUGACUCUUGAUUGCAGCUGUGGUCUUAGUUAUCCAAACUCAGUUUGGCACAGCUGAGUUAGAAGUUUCUCUAAGCAGCUCCUGAAAGUGCUGGCAGUGCUUCUAGAAGCUUGCAAGGCUCCUGACCUGCUGUGGAUCCCAGCAGGACAGGGGAACACCAGUCACAGAGCUCAGACUGCCCUGGGCUGAGCUCUGAGACAGGCCAGUAUUGAUCAUGCAUGAAAACACCAGCUUUGUGCUGCUCUUGCAAUAUUCCAAGCUUAACUUUUUUGGUUAUGGCUGCCAGGGCUUGAGAACUGCCUGUGUGGCAAAAUUGGGAUGAGCAAUCCGGUGACAUUUUGUACCAUAAACAGGGGUGGCACAAAUCCAUUGUCACUCUGAAAGAGCAAUAUGAGUUAUUUACUCCUGAUCUGUGCUGCUUGGUCUCCCUUAAAGAGCUACUGAUUCCAGAGUAUUUCUCUUGUAUGAUGAGGUGGAAAAAGCUUUAAAACUUCCAAGGACAGGGUCUAAGACCGUGAGUCCUGAACAUGCUAAUGACUGAGGACUCCUGCAAAACGUGUCUGGUUUGCUCAGUCUGUGCGGGAUGGGCUCACAUCAACAAUCCUCCCUCACUUGCAGGUAUUCAAUCAGUGAAUGUUCCCUAUUUUCCUUUAAGUUUCCAUCAAAGUGAAGAUUAGGGGGUUUAUUUCUGACACUGUGUGUUCACAAAAAGCAUUCAGCUUAAGCAGGCAGUCAGUGAUCUGGUCAGUGUCUUGUUCUCCUGACAGGCUUUUCAAAGCACUCUGGUAGUAGCAAACCAGAUUAUUUAUUAGCUGCUAAACCAUACAGCAACUUGAAUUAAACCCACCUGUUUCCUUAAUAGCACUUCUGAGCUGAACAAGUUCUUGGAGAUCACAAACAGGCUCACCCCGUGUUAGCAUCCAAGGUUAGUAACGUGCACUUUACCUUUCCUGCUAAAUAACCCAAAAAGUGAUAAAUUGCAACUAAUUAUUUUGAACCAGCUGAAAAGCAAGGAAUACCAAACCUAUGAAUUGUGUUAACUCGUGCUGUACUCUGACACUCUGCACUGGAAUGUGAGCUGAAGUUGUUCUGUGUUUCAGAUGCUUUCUGAUUUUAUUAUUUGAUCCCCAGUUAAUUCAGCAGCUGGAAGUGAUUUACUGUGCCAGUCUGAGUGGAUAAAUAGCUGUUACAGGUAUCUUUCAUGAUGUGCUGUUGUUGGUAUUAAUUGUCACUUCCUGAUAAUAUCCUACCUCAUUUGUUAUUUUUUCUUAUUACCAUUUAUAUGCUCCAUUUAGCUCACUCCAUUUUAAUUAAAGUUCUUGGUGUUCACUACCAUAAAUAGUAUUAAGUGGCUUUCUGUUGCUGAACCAUACUGAAGUCCUCUUUUUUUUUUUUUUUUUCCCCCUCUCUAACAAUUAAUUCUAGGAAUUUUGAGAACAAUAGCACAUCCUUUACAGAGGAUGAGCUGUAUGGAAAAAAGUCCCAAACAUUAUUGAUUCCCCAGCUGUGACAUUGUUUCCUUUCCUUACCUUUUCUCUGCUUUUGAAUGGUUUGAGUUCUUUGGAUUUUUAAAAUAUUUUUAGUCCUCCUUCAGGGGAGGAGUAACUUUUUCCCCCUCAUUAGUAUCUGUGCCUUCUCUAGAGAUCUGUUCAUGUAAGGUCUCCCCAGGGGCAGCUGCUCCCUCGGGUGUGUUCCCUUGGAUUUUUUUUUCCUUUCAACCAUGGAGAGAUUUCUUGAUUUCUGGUGUGAUUUCUCACUGCCAAACAAUAUUGUCAUACUGUAAGUCAUCUGCUCUGAAAGCUGCCCAAGGUAAGGGUGUGGGGAUGCUGAAUAGGGAGAUUAUUCCAUUUUAACCCCCCUGUUUGGCCACACAGCGGAUUGUGGAGUUUUCCAGAGUAAGUGCCAAAACCAAGUGAGUUUUUAGUCCUACCUGUGUUCUGACAGUGCAGGAAGCACAACUGGAAGAGGGCAGGAAUAUUGUCCCCCCCUCCAGGAGGUGGGUUAAUACUCCACUGCUUUGGCAGCAUGAAACCCUCCAGAAAUCUCUCCAAAAUCCUGUUUCAAAAGUAACUGCACUUGAAUUGCUGGACCCCAACAGCAAAGGGGUGAACUUUGUGUGAGUUCAUACAAAGGCUUAAUUUAGGAUUCCUGGAAUUUCCCAUCCCUCCCUCUGUUUUCCUUUAAAGGAGUUUUAUUGAACAAUGGGGGAAUUUUUCUAGAGGAGACUUAUUGAGAAGGGGGCUACUGAGCCUGAGUCAUCUUUCCAGCUGACAGAUGUGCCCAUUGCAGUAAGACACCACUCAUGGCUUAAACAUGGCUCACUCCCACUGUGGAAAUGCAGGAGCAGGGCUGUGGUUUGGCAUCUGAGACCUGCAACUCGGUGUGACAUUUCAGAAUCAUGACAUUCACUUUGUACCUGGGAUUGUUUGGGCAGCUGAUCAGCAGCACCUUCCCUGGGGGCACUGAAGCUGCCCUUGUUUGCUCUGAAAGACUUGUACGACUGGACACUUUAACAGAAUAAAAGUUGUAAGUUUUAA